AUGAAAUAUUCUGGAAAGGAUGACAAGUAUAUAUGUGAUUUUAUUAAUCUAAUAGUCAAGAGAAUUCAGAUGAUCAAUAGAAAACAAGUAUAUCUCAAUAUUAAGCAAAUAAAUUGAAACAACAAGCAAAGGAAAUGCAUGAUAUGUUGUUGUUGUUAAAAGAAAACUUUGAAGAUGAAGAAUGUGACAUAUACUAUAUUUUGAGCAAAAAGUAUAUAGAUGUAUUUUUAUUACUUAGUUGGUUUGAUUAAUGGAAAUAAUAUGUAUCAUAUGAUUAGGUUGUAAAUGAUUAACCACCUGGCAAUAAAUUUGGAUAAAUAAUUUUGCAAAAUUAUAAUAAUGAUUUGCUAGAAACACGCACUAAUGAAUGCUUCAAAUUUUAUCCCCUUAGCUCUAACCCUUGGAAUAUAUGGCUAAAACCUAAUUUAUAAGAAGACAAGGAUUAUAUUGUGAUUUCAUAAUAAAUUUAGAAUUAUCUUAAUUAACAUUACAGAGGCACUCAGAUUUUAAGAAAUUCAAUAGGAUAGGGUAAAAAUAAAAAAGUAGUUGUGAAUUUGUUUAAGGUAUAUAUAUCAUUUGAUUUUAUAAGUUCAAUGCAACACUGAUUAUACCUAAUACAAUUAUUUAAAUUAGUUAAGAUAAUCUAAUAUAAUUUGAAAAAGAAUAUUUAUAAGCAGAUGAAAGUUGUGUAAUGAAAGAUCUUUAUGCAAUAAUAUAAAAAACUGUACCUACUUUUAGGGGUAAUUACAAUAAUCAGAAUGGUGUUAGAAUAUGGAGAUACAAAAAUUAAAAUGAUCCAUUUAAGGCAUUAUUUGCAGAAAUCAAAAAAUAAGUUUAAGAUCUUGAUUUUAAUGAUGAUUAAGUAUUUGAUUUUUCAGGAGAUCCUAUUGAGAAUUCACAAGAUAUUACAUUAAAAUCAUUAAAUCUAACUGAUAAUGAUCUUGUUGUAAUUGAAGUAUUAUAUUAAUUAUAUAAAUAAGUUUUAACAAAGUUUUAAACCAUGGUGUAUUCGACAUCCUUCUGUUCCAGUAGAAGGUAAAUGUGAAGGUUGUGGUUCAAUUAGUGAACUUCCUUUUCCUUGUAUAUGCAAAAAAGUAGCAUAUUGUUCUGAAAGAUGUAAAGUAAAUGAUGAAAAAUUUCAUCUUCCAAAAUGUGAUCCUUGUGGUUCUGAUGAUGAAUAAGUAAAAUAGAUAACUAUUAAUGAUAAAUCUGUAAAAGGAGUAGCUGGAUUAGCUAAUUUAGGAAAUACAUGUUUUAUGAAUAGUGGUACUCAAUGUUUAUCAAAUACUUAUCAAUUGACAGAAUAUUUUAUUACAAAUAAAUAUUUUGAUGAAAUUAAUGAAGAUAAUCCUUUAGGUACAUAAGGAUAAUUAGUCAGAAAAUAUGCUUCACUUAUAAAAAAAUUAUGGUGUGGUGAUAAAAAUGUUGUAAUACCAACUAGUUUCAAAAAAGCAGUUGGAUAAUUUUAACCUAUGUUUAAAGGAUUUUAAUAACAUGAUUCUUCUGAAUUAAUUACUUUUUUAUUGGAUGGAUUACAUGAAGAUCUUAAUAGAGUAAAAAAGAAACCUUAUGUUGAAUCAAAAGAUAAUUAAGGAAAACCAGACUUUGAAGUAGCAAAGGAAAGUUGGGAGAAUCAUCUUGCUAGAAAUCAAUCAAUUAUUGUAGAUUUAAUGCAUGGAUAAUAUAAAUCAACUCUUAAAUGUCCUACUUGUUCUUAAAUAUCUAUUACUUUUGAUCCAUUUUUAACUUGUGGACUUAGUAUUCCAAAUAAAAAAUAAAAGUCUAUUUAAGUUAAAGUUAUUAAAUCAAUAGUUUAAAUUGAAACUAAAUAUUUAAAUUUUGAAGGAUCCAAAAAAACUAUGUCUUUACUUGAAUUUACAAAAGAAUAGAUUAUUCCUGAAUUUAAAAUUGAUCCAAAUUCAGAAUUACUAUUUUAUACAUCCUUCUCUAAUGAUAUUUAAGGUCUUAUAGAUCCAAAAUCAGAAAUUAAUUCAGUAAGAAAGAAUUCAAAGAGAGGAUAUCUUGUUGUGAAAAUCAUUAAUGAAGAAGAAAAAGAGAUACCUGCAGAGGAUAGGAUAUAUUUAAAUUAUUCAUAAAAAGCUUUAGAUGGAUUUGGAUAGUAAUAUAAAAGAACCAUUUUUUAAUAAUUCUAUGUAAUUAUUUCUAAAGAGUUUACUUUAAAAUAAAUACAUCUUGCCAUUUUUAAGGCUCUUCUUCCAAUAUUUUGUGAUGUAAUUUCAUAAAAUGAUAUAUCAACUCCUGAAUAAUUGAGAUAAUACUAUGAGUAGAAUAUUUAAGGAAAAGUAAUAUAUAUAUAUAUAUUUAUAGUAUUAUAAUAUUAAUUUCAGAUCUUAAAGUGCUUAUUGGUAAUAAUGUAGUUUUUGUAACUAAAAGAAUUGUUAAGAUUGUGAAGCAGAUUAUAAAGAUGAAACUUAUUAAUAGAUAAAAACAAAAGUGUUAGAGAAUGAUCAAAAUAAUAAGAUUGAACUUAUUAUAUUUUGGAUUUAGAGUCCAUUUUAACAUGUAAAGCCAGCUGACAUCUAUUAAUAUUAUCAAAAUUAAUAAUAUAAAAAAUAGAUGGAAGGUAAUAUUUAAUUUAUAAUAAUUAUAUAGAAGAAAGAAAUGCCACUAAUAAUGAUGAAAAUAAUGAUAACUAAAAGACAAAAUAAUAUGUUAUGAAAUCUUAGAAUUAUGCUAACAAUAAUUAAAUUCAAAAAGUUACACUAUAGGAAUGUUUGAUAUAAUCAGAAUAACCAGAAUAAUUAGCUGAAGAUAAUGCAUGGUAUUGUAAGGUUUGUAAGGAACAUGUCUAAGCAUAUAAAAGUAUGUAGAUUUAUAAGGUAUAUUAUAUUAUUAAAUAUAAUAAAGGCAUCUGAUAUUUUGAUAUUUACAUUAAAGCGAUUCAAAGCUUCAAGUGGAUUCUUCAAGUAAAAGUUAGAGACAUUUGUGGAAUUCCCUGUAAAAGGUUUAGAUUUAACAGAAUUCAUUUUGAAUAAGAAUAGACCUUUGGAUUAUGAGUGGGAAUUAAAACAAUAGUAAAAGAUAGAAGAGGAAUUACCAGAACAAAAUGAGAACGAUAAGAACGAUGAGAAACUCUUAUAUGAUUUAUUUGCAGUAUCAAAUCAUUUCGGAGGAAUGGGAGGAGGUCAUUAUACUGCUUUUGGAAAGAACCACGUACUUUAAGUGUUUAGUGUUAGUUGAAUGGAAAUUGGUACAGUUUUGAUGACGCUUAAGUGAGUGAAGUGGAUGAAGAUUAGAUUGUAACUAAGAGUGCAUAUGUGUUAUUUUACAAGCGUAGAUCAAAACAAUAAAAUACACAAGACUUCAAAACACAAGAUUGA